GAUUUUAGCACCCAACUAGAAGUUACUUACCUGGCUACUAAGAGGUGAAAAUUACUCAAUUGAUUUUUUUAAUUUUCCAGUUGGGAGCUUGGGUGUGGCAAGUUGUACAUUUUAAAUUAACAGAGUCUGAGAUCUGCACCGAUGACUUAAGAUGUUGAGGACUUUUUGACUUGGUUAUCUAAGGACAAGGGCAAUCCAACAAUCAGCAUAUACAUACAUAUAUGGGAUAUACAUAUGGAGAUCAAGGAGGAUAAAGAUUUGAGGUGGUUCGAUGUUGAGUUUGUACCCGAGGAUUACAUAUUCUCGAAGGAAGAGAGACCACGGAAUCUUGAUAUUCCUGUUUGUGAUUUGAUUCCUGUUAUAGAUCUUGCAAAAGCAGCAGCUUCAAGUGGACGCACCCAGCCAAUCGAAGCAGUCUUGACAGCUUCUCAAGAGUUUGGUCUCUUUCAGGUUGUCAAUCAUGGAGUCCCAGAAAAGACGCUGAACAACGCUAUGUGUGUUGUCAAAGAAUUUUUCGACAUGCCAUCCAAAGAUCGAACUGGGAUCGUCCCACAUAUGAAGAAUUGGAUUUACACAAACAGCACAGAUUUUGCGAAAGAUGGCGUGCAUUUGUGGAGGGAAAAUCUUAAGCAUCCUUGUCAUCCUUUGGAGAAAUCCAUUCCGCUAUGGCCCCAGAAACCAACCAGAUAUCAGGAGGUAAUUGCAGCAUAUGUAGCAGAAAUACAGAAAUUGAGUUCGAGGAUUUUAGAGAUGAUCUGCAAAGGACUAGGACUCGAUCCAGGGUACUUUAAUGAUAAGAGUGAAGUUCAAUUAUUAUCAACAAACUUCUACCCACCAUGUCCAGACCCGAGUCUGACCUUGGGAAUAUUAGCACACCAAGAUCCUAGCCUUAUAACCCUUUUGUAUCAAGGCAAUUCGACCGGUCUCCAGGUCUUGAAAGAUGGUGAAUGGAUCAACGUUGGAGUCAUUCCUAAUGCCUUUGUUGUUAACAUAGGUAACCAACUCGAGAUUAUCAGCAACGGAAAGUUGAAAAGCAUUAAACAUCGAGUAGUGAAUAGUAUGCACGAAACUAGAAGAAGCAUUGCAACGUUUGUGAACCCAUCUCCUGAUUGCAUUAUCGAACCAGCAAAGAUUUUGGUGAACGAAUUGGAACCAAUUCGCUAUAAAGCCUGUCAAUACAAAGAGUACGUUCAUCGUAACAAAGCGUUUGGCGACUACACGGUCGCGUUGCAGAAUGCCGUGCAUGCGGAAAGUUAAACAGCACUAGUUAUGUUUACACCUUUACAGUUGAAAAAGUAAAUGUAUUUAGGUUGGUUUCUUGUAAGACUUGUGAGAAGAUUGAAGAUAUGCAUGAAUCAUUGUAUCUGAUUUUGUUCCAGUUGUACCUUCUGUGCAGUGACCAUUUGUACCGUAGACAUGGUAUAAUCACGGGUGUCAAAUUUGUACCAAAACAAUUAAGUUAUUGUACCAAACUGUGUAUUUUUU